AUGGAAGAAGAAUACCCAUCAAUCCCAAUGGGGAGAACAAGGAAGAUACUUAGAACAUCAAUCCACACUUUCCUUAAAAACUACCAAUACUUCACCAUAACUUCCUCUCUCCUCUCUCUCCCCUUCUCAGCCUCAGUCCUCCUCUCCCAAACCUUUGUCCCCUUCUCCCCUCUCCUCCCAACAAUCUACCACCGCCUCCGAUCCCUCUUCGACGCCGCUUCCUUCCCUCCCUCCUCACAAUUCUUCACCAUUCUCAACCUCAAACUCUCCCAAACCAUCACUUCCUCCAUUCUUGUCCUCCCUUUCACUCUCUCCUUCCUCCUCUUCGCUAAGGCCUCGGUAAUCCAAGCCCUCCACCACCACAAACCGCCUCUUCACCCUUCUCUUGCCUCAUUCAUAUCCAUCUACAACCCCAUCCUUCUCACCCAAAUAUGCAAUUCCAUUGUCAUCCUCUCCGCGAAUGCCACUUGUUUCUCUCUCCUCUUCUUGGCAUUCAAUUUCCUUGAAGGGUUUGGCUUCUCUUCCCCUAACUCCCUCCUCUUCCUUUCUGCUACCGGGGCUGUUAUGUACUCUGUAAUUCUUGCCAAUGCCUUCAUAAUAUGCAACUUGGCAUUGGUUUUAUCCGGGGUAGAUAAAUGUGGCGGUUUUCAAGCAAUUCUCAAGGCCUGUGUUCUGAUUCGUGGCAGGACUGCAACAGCAUUGGCAUUGGCUCUGCCUGCCAAUAUGGCUCUCGCUGCAAUCGAAGCCUUGUUCCAAUACCGGGUAGUGAGGGCUUAUUAUUUCACGAAGAGUUCAAAUUCUUCUACUGCUUUAGAAGGGAUGUUCAUCGCUUACUUGUACUCCAUCAUUGUUGUCAUUGACACCAUUGUGACUUAUGUGUUCUUCAAGAGCUGUAAAUCAGCUUACCGGGAUAUUAUUAGCAGUGUUGAAAAUGUGAAGAGUUUAGAUGACAUUCCAUGA